UGUGGUGAGGAAGAACACGGUUUUAUCCAGGUCUCCCAUAAGCUCAGGGAGGCACAACCAUCUGUUGUGACCAAAGAAAGAGGAUUGUAGAUAAAAUAUAAAAUCCAUGAGAGAGUGGCCAAACAUUAGUCACAUACAGUAGUGGCAUAUUAGCAGCAGGAGUAAAAAGAAAAAAAAGGAAAUCCUCAGUGCAUCAUGGAAAGUAUUGCAGCACCCUGAGCAUACAACAGCAUAAAUAUCACGUGAGUCAAGCGUGCCUGCUCCAGCCCUGCUUUAGACAAAGUAGAUUCAAAUCUAAAAAGUAGAGGGUGUGUCUAGCUCCCAAACUGAGCUGUUUCCACGGGAGAGUAGCCUGACAGGCCGUGUUUCUAGGAACCACAGACUUUAUGGUACUGAGAGGUCUCACAAGGAGCCCGGAUCACAUAUGAAAAUAACUCACUCAUCUAAUUUGGCAGAAAUUAGAAACAGAUUCUGAAAAAGUCUAACAUCCAGAAACAUUUAAAUGAUCUCGCGUUAUUUUUUUGUUACAGAUUAAAGAGAAGGUGAUUUAGUAACGAAACUGACUCGUUUUGACUUCCUAGCAGAGCAUUUUCGUUACUAAGUGUCGCAUCAGAGCUUCCACGGUUACCAUUCACACAUACGCCCAGACAGGCAGCACUACUAGAUACUACAAGCUCAUGCUGCUCUGCUAUUGGUUCAUCGCUAUCGAAAGGCUUCGUGUCAGAGUCGGCUUAAAAGGUAGAGAGACGUAUUGAAACCACCAGACAGGGAGAGAGAGAGAGAGAAUCAAGUGUGUCAGACCGGGAGCAGCACGCUGUUUGACAGAAGCCGGGUAACCAAAUGAGGAAACCUCUCUGUUUCCUGCUCGGCUCGCCUCAGUCGAUCAUCUCUGGACUCAGCAUCACACCAAAAGAGCAAAAGGCUGCGAACACGCAUCAUGGUCGCCGGUGAGCUCGUGCAGGAGCAUCUGCGCGCGGGUACCGACGCACCUGACGACAUCACGGUCGGCAGGAAGGAGCCGGAGGACGAGGAACGGCACGCGGAGCGGCCACACGGAGCGGCGCACGCGGGCGGGGCCGGGGAGACAGGCUCAAAGCGCGCGCAGGAGCUGGAGGAGGACAAGGAGGCUCCGCCUGAUGAAAGAGAGGUGAUGCUACCCAACGGAGGAGGAGGAGAAGGCGAGGCGGAGGAGGAAGAAGAGAAAAGGCUGGAGACCAGGGUGUACGCCCGCCGGUUCGCCGUGCUGGCCGUUUUCAGCCUGUACUCCCUCGUGAACGCCUUCCAGUGGAUCCAGUACAGCAUUAUCACCAACGUGUUCAGGCAGUACUACGGGGUGACCAACGACAAGGUGGACUGGCUCUCCAUCGUCUACAUGGUGGCCUACGUGCCGCUCAUCUUCCCCGCCACCUGGCUGCUGGACCGAAAGGGUCUGCGCUUAACGGCCCUGCUGGGCGCCGGCCUCAACUGCGCCGGCGCCUGGCUGAAAUGCGCGAGCGUGAACCCCCAGCUGUUCGCAGUCACCGUCACCGCGCAGGUCAUCUGCUCCGUGGCGCAGGUGUUCAUCCUCGGCCUGCCUUCCCGCGUGGCCUCAGUGUGGUUCGGACCCCGAGAGGUUUCCACCGCGUGCGCCACGGCAGUACUCGGAAACCAGUUGGGGACAGCCAUUGGCUUCUUGUUGCCUCCUGUUUUGGUUCCUAACACCCCUGAUAAUGUUGAACUCACAGGUCACAACAUCAUGAUUAUGUUCUACGGUACAGCUGCCGUCUCCACGGUCCUCUUCGUCCUGGCAGUGAUAGUCAUAAAAGACAGACCUCCUCUCCCUCCCAGUCAAGCACAGGCUGUCUUACCAGACUCCCCUCCUGAAGAUUACUCCUACAAACAGUCCAUCCUCAACCUGGUGAAGAAUAAAGCCUUUGUCCUGCUCCUCAUCACCUAUGGUAUAAUGACUGGCUCCUUCUACUCUGUCUCAACACUUCUCAACCAGAUGAUCAUGGCCUGCUAUGAGAACCAGGAGUUGAAUGCUGGGAGAAUCGGUUUGACUUUGGUUGUUGCCGGGAUGGUCGGAUCCAUCCUCUGUGGCCUUUGGCUGGACCGCACAAAGUUGUACAAGAUCACAACACUGAUCGUGUACAUCCUGUCGUUUGUGGGCAUGUUGGUCUUCACCUUCACGCUGAACCUCAACAACAUCCACUUGGUCUUUGUCACUGCUGGAGUCCUGGGGUUCUUCAUGACAGGUUACUUGCCCCUGGGCUUUGAGUUUGGAGUGGAGAUCACCUACCCUGAGUCUGAGGGAACAUCAUCAGGACUCCUCAAUGCCUUUGCUCAGAUAUUUGGGAUUAUUUUCACUCUGAUUCAGGGAAAACUGACCACAGACCAUAAUCCACUGGCUGGAAAUCUCUUUCUCUGUGCCUGGAUCUUCCUGGGAAUAAUUCUUACAGCCUUAAUCAAAUCAGAACUGAAAAGACACAAUGUGAACAUGGGAGCAGACGCCAAUCACCUGCAAGCGCUUACUACUGAUUGUCCCGGAGACUUCCCUUCAGAAAAGAAAUCCAACGGAGUCAAGAUGGAGCCCUCAGUCAGCUUCUCUCGUGAAACCUCACUGUGACCUGCCAAGUCACCCAAUCACAAACAAGUGAGACUAUCUCCUUGCUCACCUGGGAAACAAGUUGGCAUCAAAUACCUACAGCAGUACCUGCUUUUUGUUGCCAAGCCUAAUCUCCUCCUUAACAAUUGGAAAGUUGAAGGCGCUGGGCGUGAGCCAGGUCUAAUUAAACACAGCCACAAUCUACAGGUGAUUUAGGACAGGUGUCUCAUGGAUGGGAUUGGUUAAUGUUGUAACCAAGCUGCCUGACUCCUUUCAAAGCUCCUGGAAAGAUUGUUGUAGACUGACAUGCAGAAGACACUCCACUACACUUUACUUAGCUGUAAGUAAAGGAUGGCACUCUAAGCUGGUUAGUGAAGGAAAACUGACUGGUUAACCCCCCCAGUUCCCAGACGACUGUCACACUGGUUCCUGUAAGGGGAAGCGAACAGAGCAAUCCUGUUCAGUUUUAUACUGUCACAGAUGUUAGGCCACCAUUUCCUGAGUUUACUUGAAUUAUUCUUUGAUGCUCUACUCUAGAUGUGAAUCUCACUGUAAAUAUCUAUUACAUUUUUUUUACAUGGCAGUAAUCAAAAAGGUACUUUGACUCAGAUUACCUCCUGGAAUCUGUUUCAAACCUGCUUCAACAAAGAAUACAGAACAUGUUUACUGUUUUCUAAAAAGCAGCAUGAAUUUCAAUAGACUGUAUAUAAAGGAUGGAUGUAGGCACUGUGACAUCACCAACCCACAUUUUGAAACCUCAGCAUUAGCAAUUUAGCAGCUGCCACAUCAUGUUUCUUUUAGAGUCAGAAGUGACCAUAUUUAGAUGAGAGGGUGGGGUGCUAGCUAGGGCUCAGCUAACUUUCGUUAGCAAGCUGCAUCCAUAAAGUGCACAGGUCCACAAACACUGAUCCUAAAUAGUUCCAAGUAAAAGACUUCAAAUUAUGAAAAUAAUAAUGAAUAUUUAAGCUUCACAGACAGCUUGGAUGGGCUUUACCACACAGACAGCCAAAAGUCUUUCAAAAAGCAUCGGCACAACGGAGACGUCAAUUUAGGGAAGUUGGUUUAAAAGAUUCAGUUCAAUGAAAUUUUAUUUAUACAGCACCUCAAGGCGCUUUAUCUUCUAAGGUAGACCCUAAAAUAAUGCAUACAAAGCGAAACCCAACAAUCAUAUGACCCUCUAUGAGCAAGCACUUUGGUGACAGUGGGAAGGAAAAACUCCCUUUUAACAGGAAGAAACCUCCAGCAGAACCAGGCUCAGGGAGGG